UUUGAAAUAUUUCUAUUUCACUUGUGAUUGUGUGCUUUUAGUUACAAUAAACAUCAAGCUGUUUUCAAUUUUUAUUAUAAUUAAUUAUAUUUUGGCACAAAUCUAUCAUCAAAAUGCCCGAACAGAUCCAAUACCUGCCGGUCAGUCAUGUAAUCUUUGAUUUGGACGGUUUGCUCAUCGAUAGUGAGGUGUUGUUCGCCAAUGCGAUCGCUAUACUACUCAAAAGAUAUGGUGUGAAAGAGUACAGUAUAGCUCUUCAGGAGAAGGUGUUGGGUAUGGAAGUGGAGCGCGGAAUACAAGUGAUUAUCGACGAGACG